AUGGAUGAGAAAGUACUGAUUAUUUUCUUAGUCUUCGGUGCCGCUAACUGUCACGAUUACUAUGGCGAUCGUCAGGGUGGGUCACUCUUUUCAGCCCUACCACACAUGCUCAACGACAUGUUUAAUGCUCAUCGGAAUAUCUUACUAGGGAAUAAUUACAACCGACAGCCAUCAGCGCAAUUACCCAUACAAAAUCGAUACGGAAAUGGCCAAAAUUCUGGAUACCAAAACAGGAACGGAUACCAAAAUCAAGCACAGGGUGGGCAAAAUUUCGACGAUUCCAAUCAAUCACAAGACAGUUUAGAAUCGCGUCUGCAAGGAAAUUUUGCAGGUAAACCAGAAGUUGUUGGAAAUAUUGCACCGUCGCCACCAACUACUAUAAACGCACAAAUGUCAAGUCUCCAUUUAAACACUGUCGCACCUUACGUCGUUAAUUCGACCAGUUUACCAGACACAGAAAAGAUACAAAACUCAGAUGAUAAAAAUAUGCACAGUUUGACCAAUAAUACUCACACAUCCCCCGUAAAGCAAAACAAACCGUUUAUCUCUGUUAGUAAACAAAAUAGUGGGCCCGAAGUGGCUGAAACAAACGUAAAUAAAGACCCACUGUUAGCUAAAGAAAAUGAGCCCGUAAAGGUCAAUCAACCUAGAGACCCUAACGAAAUCGUUUUUCCAGAUCAUGAGGACGAGGUUAAGCGACAGGCUCAAAGGCACCACAAGAACAAUAAAUCUCAAUUCCCAAACAAGUUCAACGACACACCACAGAUAUUAUACGCGGUCAAUAUAGCUCCUGACACUAUCCAAUGGAAUAACAAACCAAACGCCCCUCUAACGAAUUCCGUAAAUGCCCCAAACCCACCGCAGACGAGUCCUACUUCAUAUGCUACUUUACAAAUUCCCAACCAAAUCUCCCUAACGAAUAAAAUGGCCGAAGCCGACCCCUUUGGAAAUAACAUCGUCUUACCGAAUCCAAGCGGCGGUUCUACUCUAUACAGUAUCGUGAACCUUCCUAACACCAUAGCCAAUGCUAACAUCCCGAGUCAAAUGUACCAAACGAGUAGUGUAAUCGCCAAUCCAUCCAACUAUCAGCAGCAAACCUCGAUCCCGACAGCUAACAGUGGAAUAAUAAAUGGUAUGCCGUAUUAUGUUGUAUCUUUGCCGAGUCAGCCCAAGCAAAAUUUACAAACCGUGCCUUAUACAAACGCGCCGGUCACAUAUACGGUAGGGUAUGUUUCUAGUAAUGGUCAAACUGUGUUAGUGCCGAGUCCGACAGUGGUUUAUCAGAUCGUGCCUGUGACGAGUCAAAAUGUGCCUGGAAGUUUAGUGCCCGCGACGAAUGUGCAAGGGAGUGCGAGCCAGCCUGUGUUAAGUGGUCAAAGGUCUCAAUCCUAUGUGCCAGUUUCAACCGGACAAUCGACUACUGGAGACCAGGUGCAUUAUGUGCCCGUAUCGACAGUUCAGGAUACGUCGAAUUCCCCAACCAAUUACGUGCCUCUAUCAAAUGGCAACACAAAUCCAGUCCAAUAUGUGCCGGUGUCAACUGGCCAAGGCAGUACAGUGAACUCUCAAAACUAUGUGCCUCUAACGAGCGAUCAAGGUAAUGUACAAACAUUGGCAGCGCCGUCCGACACUGUCUAUCUACCACCUGAUACACAGAGCGUGACGUUACUGAGCUUCAAGGAUAAAGCAGAAGAAAAGCAAAAGAAGAAGAAGAAGAAACCUUAA